CCACUUUCAGGCCCAGGCCUGCGCCAAGCACACAUAAUUCAAGCCAUUCAACAUAGAUAUUGACACGACAAGCAUACCAAGUCACUGUCUGCGCGAGUCGCGGGCCGCUACAGGACUUGCGCAGCUGCCGCGUCGGGGACGACAGACAGCCAGCAAGCUCAGCUUAAAGCCAAGCAUGAGCACAUUUCGCAACAGAUAGGAGGCUGUGGAACCGCGUCUCGAGGUUUUAAGGGGGCUCGCGCAAGGAUGCACGCCGGUGUCUGCCGGACGACGAUGUCCGGGGUCCGGCUUGGGCUCAUAUGCCUCCUAUCCUUGGUAUUGUUGCGCGUCCCGAUGGCAAGAGGUCAGGACUCUGAUCUCAACCUCGAACGCUGGGAAGGCACGCUGAUGAUGAUGACGGGCGAGAUGGCGGGGGAGGAGGGCGACGACCACACCUCCACGGACAUCAUAUACCUGCUGCAGGUUACCGAGCCCGCGUUCUCGCUGUUCGAGCUGCACAUCCCGCACGCGCUGCUUCACUCGCCUCUGGGCUCCGGGGACCCCGUCAUGGUCACGGGCUACCGCCAGGGCGAGGACGCCAUCGUGGCGGUCAGCAUCGCCUCCAGGAUGGCCGCAUUCGGCGGCAGUAGCACAGAGGGUGUAGCAGGCAGGCACAGGCUUAUGAUGGAGCAGGUAGACCCGAACGCAGCGCUGGCGGCGGCCGCCGCCGCUGUCGCGGCGGCGGCGGCUGACGCCGCCGCGGCGGUGGUGGCUGCCGCUACGCGGCCGCGCGGGCUGCAGGCGGUGGGGGCGGCUGGCGGCGAUGGGCCGACGGGCGCGGCGCGGGCGGCGGCGGCGGCUACGGCGCUUCGCAACACGCGUGUGGUCCGGGACAUGCCUGUGCUGUACAUGGUGGUGGGCAUGUGCGGCUUCGGGCCGUCCAUCAGCGUGCAGGACCUGGAGAGCGUGCUGUUCGCGGGCCCCAACAACCGCGGGCCCACGCUGGAGGCCUACUACGCCGAGUGCAGCCGCGGCAAGACCGCCAUGAACCGCGGCAACAGCCUGGUGGUGGGCCCCGUGCAGCUGCCCUGCAACUUCAACUCCUCGGCCUACAGGUUCUCCACCAGCACCUGCUCCUAUCGCGACUACUGGGGCUGGCACACCUGGGCGCAGCAGUACGCCGCCUCCGCCCUGGGCGUGGACCUCACCCGCUACCGCCACCGCGUGCUGGUCAUGCCGCGUGGCUUCAUGUACGAGGCCGGCUGCGGCUGGACGGGGCUGGGCACGCUGGGCCCGGUGGACAAGGGGCCGGACGGGCUGCAGUACGUCAGCAGCAUGGUUUGGAUCCAGGGCGAAUCCAGCUCCAGCGUGAUGGCGUACAUGCACGAGCUGGGGCACAAUUUGUACCUGCACCACGCCAACGAUUCCAAGGGCUGCGAGUACUGCGACUACAGUAGCUUGAUGGGCGGCUGCUGCGCGCUGCGCUGCUUCAACGCCCCCAACAACUGGCAGCUGGGCUGGGGGCAGCCCCUGGCCGUGCUCAACUCGGCCACGUGGCCGCAGCACUCCUGGCUGUACUUCGACCUGCCAGCUCAGCACACCACCGACGCGCACAUUAUCUGGAUCCAGCCCGACUGGACGCCGGACGGGCGGCGCGAGGUCAGCACUGGCGUGGCGAACGGCGUUGCCACAACAGGCCCCGCGAGCUUUCCGGUGUCGUACUACAUCUCGUACCGGAUAGACAGCGGGCGGUACGACACGGACAUGCCUGACAUGUACUUGUACGCCACGUCUAUCUACUUUUUCGACGGCGCCACCCAGACCAGUGUACGGCGCACGCGGCACGUGCAGGCCGUGUUCACGGGGGAGACGUUCAGUAACGCCACCGAGGGCUGGAUGCUGAAGCAGCUGUCCCACGGCGUCCUGGGCAGCCGGGUGGGGCUGUGCCGCUUCAGCGAGGUCACAGAGAAGUCGUGUGGGGACGGACAGGACAACGACUGCGAUGGCCUGAUCGACAAGGCCGACCCCGACUGCACACAGCCCUCACCGCCGCCCGCGCCGCCCCCCGCGCCGCACCCGCCGCGCCCGCCGCCGCGCGCCGAGCCGCCGGGCAUCAUGGAUGACUCGCCACCCGGCGAGGACUCGCCGCCGCCCAUGAAGCGGCGCCCUUCCCACCCGCCCUCGCCGCCGCCGCCGCCCAGCCCUCCCGCCAGCCCGUCACCACCGUCACCACCGUCCCCCCCUGCUCGAUCGCCGCCUCCCAGCCCGAAACCGCCACGGCCGCCGCCACCAACUCCGCCAUCACCCAAGCCGCCCUCACCCUCACCACCAUCUCCCAAGCCGCCGUCACCGCCGCCCCCCUCCCCCUCGCCUCCCUCGCCAUCGCCACCUUCGCCGCCUCCCCCGAAACUUAAUCCUGCACCCAACACCGACGUCUCCAACACUGGCCCGGAGCCGAGUCAGGGCAGCGCCAAGUCACCGCCGCCUGCUACAGCCACAGGCGGCGGACGCAAGCGUCCGCCCCCGCCCGCUCCCAUCAGUACGGGAGGCGAGAUCGCGCCCACCAAGAAAGGGAAGAAGUCGCCGCCACCCGCGGGAGGCGCUGUCAAUCCCCGUAAAGCCAAGCCGCCGCCGCCGUCUGGCAAAAAGUCUGACUCCAGUCCGCCGCCGUCGCCUCCGCCGCCGCCGCCGCCUGGUAAGAAGCGGCUCAAGGAGCGCCGGCUCACGUUUGCGCUUGACCACGAGGAAGACUCGGUGCUGGAGUCCGAAGAGCGGGAUCUGUAAGAUGAGGUGCGAGCGAAAAUGGUGCCUCCAUCGAUGAGGAUUUUGUGAGAAGGGGCAUGGCGCCAUAUUCGGCUUCUUGUAGGGUGACUAGCAGGCAAGGCAGGAAUGAACAACAGAAGGCUUUGUUUGCAGCUACGAGCAAGCAUGGAUAAUAGCAUGAUGGGGCAGCUUACCGCAUAGUACCGCCACGCAGAGGUAUGAGCGCAAUAUGUUAGCCUGCGGCGGCUGGUGGCCUAGCAUGUACUAGAGAGGCAAGGAUUGUCUUGCAACCCCUUAGGAAUCUAGUCAUCCGAUUACAGAUGGAGAUGCGGACUAUUAGGUUGACCAUUGAUUCUUCAAUAGCAACACUAGAUGCAUUAGGGAGGACCCCAAGCAGGCGGAUUGCUUAGUAGUUGCGGCGCUAGUUCGGGGCAUGUGCGGUACGGCAUGCGUUUUUUGCCUAGUGUUGCCGCUGCACUGAUGAACGCGCGAACGUGGUUGUCUCCGCGCAAAUCAUAGUACAACGAAGUGCCUCUAGAGGCAUCUAGGGGCUUGCGAGCUAGCAGUUCAUGAAGUGGCGGUGCUCCGGUUGCGUCAAGUCCCGGAAAGGAAGCCACGUGUCCCUACGAUCAUUACAUGUAACCAUCAAUGUCA